AUGGCGAGCGAGGUACUAGCGCACAACGUGCACGUCGUUGCAGCUAUCGUCGCCCGCGGCGGCGACGACAUUGGCGCCAUCGAGCAGCUCCUUCGCGGCAACGUCGCCCUGCUCGAGACCCUCGCGACGGCCCGCGUGUCACGAAGAAAAAGCGCGAUCCUGCAGCUCCACGACGCAUAUGCGGCACUUGCGUGGACCAUGCGCUUGUUGCCACAGAUGCCGCCGGCGCUGAUUGCGGUGGUCGAGGACGGCGCUGCCAACCCCCAGGAAGACGAUAGCAUGACCCAAGAAGCCUCGUCGCCGGUGAUCCGACUGGAGCUGGACCCGCCUGUCGUGCUGGCGCACCUCGACGCCAACUUGAGCCGGCAGCAGUCGUUCACGCUUCGCAACCCGUCGAACGAUGUGUCGCUGACCUUCAAGCUGCGCACGCCCAAGGCGCUGUGGCGGCAGAUCCUCGUGACGCCCAACACGGGGCGUCUCGGGCCGCACGAGUCGAUCGCGAUUGUCAUCGAGCUCGCGGACGACGAAGUCGACCGGCUCACGUUUCGCAGUACCGAGUAUUCGACGACGAAGCUCUGGACGCACAAGCUCUUGGUCGAAGCGCGCUCGGACGACGGGGUGUAUGGUGCCAAGCAGAUGGGGCGCUUUACUGUCAAGGCCACGCACCUCGGGCGGCUCUUGCCGCGCUUGCCAGCGCCGCGCCGCCUCUACCUGGCUUCGCGGCGGCUCGACUUCGCCUUUUGCAUGGACGAAGAGACGCUGCAGUUCCACGCCUUUGGCAACACGUGCCUCUUUGAUGUGCGCAACAUGAGCAAGGGCGCGGCACUCGCCGUGAAAUUCAAGACACUCUGUCCGACGCGGUACUCGAUUGCGCCGCCGUUUCUCGUCUUGCCACCGGGCGGCGCCCGCACCAUCACGAUCGCGCUCACACGGAGUACACGCAACCGCUUGUACGUGUAUGAGAAGAGUCAUCUUCAGCUGCGCGACUGCCUCCGUGUCGAGAGCGUCCUCGUGCCCCACUACGCGACGGUCGCGGCCGAGGCCUCGCGCUGCCCAAACGAGCUCGCUAACGUCCUCGACCACGCGUGGCGCUUCGUCCGCAACGACGCCCUCCAUGUCGAGUACAUUCCAUGCGCGUUUCGGUUUGAGAUUGUACCGCCGCAUUUGCUUCGUCGUCGCGGCGUGGGCUCAAGCCCGCGGCCACAGCCUUGUGAGGCGUUCUAG